AUGUCAUCUACCAGGAAGAUACCAGUCCUUGAUUUGAAACUCGCAGAGGAUCCCUCAACGCGAGGACUUCUUCUUGAUCAGUUGCAUGAUGCAUUAUUCAACAUCGGCUUUCUGUAUAUUUCCAACCAUGGAGUCUCGGAAGAGAUCAUAAGUGCUUUGGCAGAGAAGCUUCCGGCGCUCUUUCAUUUGCCGCUAGAACGAAAGAGAGAGUUGUCUAAAACUAAAUCCCCCCAGUUCCUUGGUUUUAGUGACUUUGCCCAGGAAACCACUCAGGGGAAGCUUGAUUUGAGGGAGCAAUACGACAUUGCUACGGAGCUGCCUGAGGUCUACCAGAAGGAUGCAGUCCCGAACGACCGGGGAAGAGAUUUUUCGAACUUGUACUGGAGGCUCAGGGGUCCAAACGUGUGGCCGUCAGAAAAUGAAGUGCCUGGCUUUAAGAAAGCGGCUAACGAGUUCGUGCAUCUCGUGGAGGAAGCAUUUGGCAUCCCAACAGGGACAUUCGAUGGCUUCUUCAACGAGAAUGCAGCUUCCGCCACCGCCGAUUCCACCCCAGAGGGCGACUUUCUUCCUCCUCAGCAUCGGCUUAGACUCAACUUCUACCCGGCCAUGCAGCCAGAGCAAGAGGGCCAAGGCGUUGGUUCCGAAUGUGCCCUGGAUGUGCAAGGCAGAGACGGCAGUUGGAUUCCUGUGGACCCAAUCCCAAACACUCUCGUUGUCAACUUAGGCUACGCCUUUGAAGCGGCCACUGAGGGUGCAGCCAGAGCCACAGUUCAUCGAGUAAGGGCACCUUCACAGAAAGAUCGAUACUCGAUUCCCUUUUUCAUGGGUUUACCACUCGAACUUAAGCUCUCAGAGGUGAGGAGCUUUAUCCCAGAGAGUGUCAGGGCAUUGAGACGCAAAGAGCUGGAGAAUGGCGAAUGGACCAUAGACCAGAAGAUCGAAACCUUUUUGGACCCGAGAUGGGACAGCAUCGGUGAAUCCGUACUGAGAAGGUUCAUUAGAGGAUACAGGGAAACAGCUCUAAAAUUCUAUGGGCAGGAGGUGUACCAGUACUACACUCAGUGA